AUGAAACUAUUUCUGCAUCGUUUACCUAAAGUCAAACUUCAUGUAUACAUUGAAGGAACUAUGAAUCCUGAUCUUAUGUUUAAAUUGGCAAAACCAAAUAAUAUUACUGUACCAUUUGAAAAUAUUGAUGCACUCCAACAAGAAUAUGCAAAUUUUAUUGAUUUGAAAUCAUUUCUCAAUCUUUUGAAGGAAGAAGUACGCGUUCUCGUUACUAGUGAUGGUUUUUAUGAUUUAGCUUGGACAUAUUUUCAACGUGCUGCUAAUGAAAAUGUUCGUCAUUGUGAAGUAUUUUUCAAUGUUCAAGCUCAUUUAAGUCGUAAUGCGACACUUAAAAGUCAAUUUGAUGGUUUAAUACGUGCUUGUCAAAGAGCAAAAACUGAGUUUACCAUUACAACAGGUCUCAUCAUUAGUUUUAUGAGUGAUCAAAACGAACAAUCAGCACUUCAAAUUCUUGAUAAAGCUUUAGAAUACCGUGAUUAUUUUAUUGGCAUCGGUUGGAAAUCAAAUGAAAUCAAUAAUCCACCAUCAAAAUUUAUCCAACUGUAUAAGAGAGCUCAUGACCUCGUUUUACAUUGUGUAGCACAUGCUAGUGAAGAAGGUCCUUCAUUAUAUGCUAAAGAAGCCAUUGAGUUACUUAAAGUUAAACGUAUUGAUCAUGGUAUUCAUUGUGCUGAUGAUCCAGCAUUUUUACAGCAAAUCGCACAAUAUAAAAUUCAUCUAACAAAGUGUCCUCUUUCCAAUCUUAAACUUAAAGUCAUAAAAAUAAUACAAGAUUUACCAUUAAAAUUAUUUCUUGGCAAUAAUAUUAAAGUAACUAUUAAUUCUGAUGAUCCUGCCUAUUUUUGGUGGUUAUAUUCUAGCAAAUUUUAA